CGAUCUUGUCCACCACCAACCAAUAUCCAUAUGCCACGUCCUGCAAGCGCCACGCAAAUUUUAGUUCAUACAAUACUGGUGCAAAGUUCUGUUGGAGAUGGCGUCCACAGCUGCAGAUUUAGAGACACCACCAACCACACCAAAACCGUCUGGUCAGUCUCCCACAACGGAUUUCGACAUCGUCACCUUCUACAAUGAACUUGUUCGCGAAGACUCGUCCAUCACACCACCUAUAGCAGCGAUUGAAGCCCUCAUCUCGCUGCUUGCUAAAACACGAUUAACCACCAUAUCCGAGACCCUGAGCCUACUCUCGACACAUUCCCAGAAACUUCUGGCCUCUCAGCGAAAUCCAAUUCCUUUAUCAGCCGGCACGGAACUUUUCCAACGCUAUCUUGUAAGCUCGUUCCAACAGAGACCUUCUUCGCUGGCAGACUCCGACUUCACUACUCUGCGCGACCACAUCCUCACCAACUCAUCUCUCUUUGUGAAGCGAGCGAACGAAGCUCGUCUCAAAAUCGCCCAUCAUGCGCUACCAUUCAUCAAAGAGGAGUCCACAAUCAUCACCUACGGCUACAGUCGGGUCGUCCGGAUUCUAUUGACGCACGCCGCUGAUGUUGGUCGCUAUUUCAACGUCAUCUACAUUCUCCCCUCAGAGGGACUGACCGACAGGAUAUCCGGUUGCAUCUCGAAGCUGAAUAAACUGUCCAUCCCAACAACAACCAUUUCUUUACAAGCAUUAACUUACGCUCUGGCCUCUCUACCAGCAACGUCACCAGCGCCGCAAUUUAUCGUAGGAGCCACGGCGGUAUUGGAAAACGGCUCGAUCAUCACAGAGCUUGGGAUGCAUCAGAUUGGCCUGAUUGCCAAGGCAGUCUCGGUGCCACUACACAUUGCGGUCGAGUCUUACAAGUUUGUCCGAAACUUCCCUCUGGGCUAUGGACCGCUUGAUCUUGCUCGCAUGGGCGUGAAGCAGGAUGUUUUACGUUUCAGCACUGGCACGGAAUCGCAAGAAAAUGAGCAGGAAUCACGCGAGGGCCAAGUCGUUGAUGUAGGAGAGAUGGUGGAAAUCACGCCUCCAGAACUGAUUGACGCACUCAUCACCGAGAAUGGAAUCUUGACUCCAAAGGCAGUCAGCGAAGAGUUGAUCAAAUUGUGGUUCUAGGCAUGUUAAGGGACGAGCGACGGCAUCACAACAGACAGGGGCUUAGAGAUCUCAACGAUAUCGGUGUCUAGAUGCUUUCAAGAAAAUGACCCCACGCUGUUCUGCAAAUAUACAGCACGAUGAAGUACCAAAAACCAAUGGCAGUCUUCUCAAGACGGACCGUGUUAUGCAUAUUUCUUGGACUGACUCAAAGGGCUUCUCUGAACAGCUCUUUGGGCGAAAGCAUACACGCUGAAGGCAGCAGUCCUCUCGCUGUAGCCUGAUCCAAGGCCAAUGAGAGCAUGCAGGAGGCGUGUUCGACGGUGCGUGACUCCGAUUGGUAGGAUGUCAUUGCUGACGGUAACGCUCUCGAAUAAGAGGUGCGUUUGUGGCACGUUCCAAACAAUCAUACAACGUCCGGUUGGCAUUGAAUACGAGCUUAAGGCUAUGCAGGUAGGCAGCACCUGAACAGAGCCGGGUUUGGUGUUGGCCUUUUGCUGGCUUUCGAGGGUGCGAAGGGAGGAAGACAAGAUGCUGGGAUGUUCACCUUACUUAGGAUAGCUUUCUUGUGUACGACUAUCUUGAUUUCCCUGGUCAUAAAGGCUGUUUGGAUACUCUCACGAGGCUGUGGUAUACGGUUGUCAAACAGUAUUGUGAAAAGGGAGACAGGUAUUGCAAUGAUGAAAAAGUGACGUCGGUUUUGUUAGGCGAAUUUA